AACACUCAAAUCUGUCAACCUUGUCAUCAAAACAAAACGAGAAAAUCAAAACUUGUGCACACCAGCAAAGAAAUUAUUUGCAUUUGCAGGCAACGUGAAAAUAAGCGAUAGUAUAACAAUUUAUUAUAAUGGUGGAACUAAAACCAUAUAAAUAAAUUGUGCGAAGCAGAACAAUUGAACAGAAGUAAACGAAAUAUUCGGAAAUGGACCCCUGGAUUUUCCUGUGCGUGAUAGUGGUGCUGUAUGGUGUUUGUUUUUUCAUUGAUCGCUUGUUCAAGAGCUGUAUGCACUAUCCCUAUGAGAUAUUUCUGAAAAAUACGGGCUUGACGGUGCAGUUCAUGCGUAUACGCUGGCAUACAACCGCGUUCAAUCGUGCUAUGCUGCGAUGGGGAAACAACAGCGGUUGGAUGCGAGUGUGGUUGACGCGCACUUACACGGUCGGCGUUUUAGUGGCAUUAUCAUUGCUACCAAUUGGAAUUAUUUUAUUGUUCAUAACAAUAUUUAAUGAAGAAAAUAACAGCGCACCACACAAUGGCAUUUCGCCUGUAGGAGGUGGCGUAAACAGGGAAAACUCUCAAAACAGUGUGCUAAUACAAAACGCACCAAAAGUUCAAAUACUAUUACCUGGUGUGAAUUUGCCGCUAGAGGAGGUUGGUUACUAUGCGUUAACCCUCCUAUUGUGCACAAUGGUGCAUGAAUUCGGGCAUGCCAUAGCAGCGGUGCAAGAGGAUAUACCAGUUAUUGGUUUUGGCUUACAGUUAUAUCUUUGUUUGCCGUUUGCCUAUACGGAGAUCUCAACAGAGCAUCUCAAUGCAUUGAAAUGGUUCAAAAAAUUACGAAUAAUAUGCGCUGGUAUUUGGCAUAACUUCAUCUUCGCUUGCUUUUGCUAUAUUCUUCUGUCUACGUUAACCUAUGCAGCGGCGCCAUUUUAUACUAUUGAUCAUGGCGUUGUUAUAACAGAAAUGUCGCGUAAAUCACCACUGCUUGGUUCGUCCGGAAAAGGUCUUAUGGUUGGUGAUGUUGUUUCGCAAAUAAACGACUGUGAAGUAAAUACAGAGUCGGAUUGGUAUGAAUGUCUUCAACGCUCAAUACGUGGCACACGCCUUGGAUACUGUGUUUCGCACGAUUUUAUACGUUACAAUGACGAAAGCAUCGAAAUAUCACAUCACAGUGCGGAUGGCAUGCUUCAAUGUUGUGAUGAGCGCAAUGAGAAACUGUGCUGCUUCGAAUCAGUAUCAGAAAGUCUAAAUAAUUUAGAAACUGUAGACCUAACAGAUGCAGCAGAACAUGCACAAAUACCCCAACAUGUUUGCCUGGACGUUCGACGCACCCUCGAAGAUUCUCAUGGCUUCUGCAGCGGUAUCAACAGCAAAAGCAGCAGUUCAAAUGAAGGUAAUUUUUGCCAAAGUGGCUUCUGUUUACGUCCCUUAUUGCGCAACACAACCACGAUUUUAACGUUUAAACGCACAACACGCAGCGCUAAUAGCCCAUCCAAAAAACUGCGGGACGUAAUCUACAUUGGGCAUCCAGCUGAUGUCUCUAGUACUGUGCGAAUUUCACCAUUUGUGCCUCGGCAGUCCUAUAUAUCUCCACAAUGGGGUGAUACCUACGCUCUCUUCCUCAAAUAUAAUGUGAUCUUCAGCUUUGGGCAGGCGCUUUUAAACGCCAUUCCAUGCUUUGGUCUCGAUGGCUAUCACAUUACAAGCACUAUUGUGCAUAGUUUUCUAGUCCAACGCAUCGCAGAACGUCCAAAGCGCGAUUUCAUAGCACUGUUAGUUGCUAGUACUGGCACAUUGCUUUUUGGCUCAGCGUUAUUGAAAGUUCUAUGGAUGAGUUUGAUGCGGUAUAUAUAUUAGUAAAAGAUCAGGUGCUCUUUUCUUAACUUAAAUCGUACUCUAAAUAUUUAUUUUUAAAACGAAUUUUAAGCUAAGCCGGAUAAUUGUUUGCUAAGGUUAUAAAUUUUAUAAUUUAUAAUUUUUCUACCAAACGGACGUAAGCUCCGUAAUAAUUAAUUAGCAAAACGCUGUAAACUUUGAUUAUAAAAGAUGUAGUUGCAGGUGCAAGUAGCGUGCAUUAAAUCUAGUUAACAUUUUCGUGUAAUGUACGCACGUUGAAUUACGUACAAGUAAUAAUCCAUACAUAAGUUAGAUUAGAAACUUUUGUGGGUUGUCGCAUAUGGCACUAAAUCGGAACUGCUGAAUUACCAAAUAAUAUGCACAAACAUGCAAAUAAACGAACAUGUAUUCAAUCUA